UUUGAUUGAAUUCUAUCUAUUCUAUUGGUAGUUUGUUUUCUUUUCUCAUAGUUAAUUAUUGUAAGAGAAUUUUUUUUUCUCUCCUUUAAUUGGAUAUUUGAAGUAUCUUUUGCUAAUUAUUAGAUUGAAAUUCACUUGAACAAUUAACUGUUGUAAUUUGAUGAAAAGGAAAUUGGAUCAUUAUUUUUCUUUUUCAAUGUUAUGUCUUCGUCAGUUGUUUUCUUUAGAAAGUAAUUUAGUUUCUGUCUAUCGUUUAGCAUCAAAGAAAUCAAUUAAAGCUCGUAUUGAUUACUCUUCGGUUCCAAAGUUAGAUGAAAAUGAUUUGGAUGAAAAUUUUGCUCAUGGUAGUGGACCAGGAGGACAGAAGGUCAAUAAAGCUCACAAUUGUGUUACAUUAGUGCACAAACCAACAGGAAUCGUUGUUAAAAACCAUGAGUUUAGAGAAUUGAAACUUAAUCGAGCCAGAGCGAGAGAGAUAAUGUUAACCAAAUUGGACAAUUUUCUCAAUGGUGAACGAAGUGUUGAAGCCCAAUGGAAAAGAAUCGAGGCCGAAAUAAAGAUGCAAAAGGAGAUUGAAGCUUCAAAGAGAAGAGAAUUGCGAAAAAAAGUUAAACAACUUUGGGAAAAGGGCAAUGGACAAGCCGAUAUAGAGACUGGUCAAGACAGGGAACAAAUUGAGCCCAUCAAAUGAUCUAGAAAACUAGUUUUCCUUUCAUUCUGUUUGAGGCUUAUCAAUAUAUUAACAAGAGAGUAUCAAUUAUUUGGGCCAUUUCAAAUGGUCUACUAAUACCGGUUAUUAUAAAUGCCAAUGUAAAUUGUCUAGGAUCUUAAGACUUGUCAGUCAAUUGAGGAUAAAUUGUGAUCUACAACUUCCUUAUAUUA